AUGGUCUUGGACAAGGAAAAGGUCGCUCAGCUCAAGGGAAAAGACGCUGAAGACGCAGUACUAAAGUAUCUCAAAAAGGUUGUCCCCUCUUUUCCUAAUUCCUGGGUAAACCUCGAUAGUGAGGAGCUAACAUUGUUGAUGGCAGACCAACAGACCGUACGGAUCGUCGGACAUAUCCGCCAAUCUCAAAAACGCAGUUUCGAAAGCUGCAACGCAAAAGAUUCUGCUCUCGCUUGCCGAACGAGAGCUGGUCACUCAAAAGACAUAUGGAAAAGCAACGUAUUUGUCGCGCCCCAAUCAUCAACCUCGGAACUCGCACCAGCCGAAAUCGACUCGUUGUCCGCCGAGCUCGAAAAGACGAAAGAGCUGGUCAAGGACCGUACGGUGGAUCUAAAACGGUUAAACGCAGAGUUGAGCAAGGUCAAGUCGAGUCCGACGGACGAUGAUUUGGGAAAAACAUCGAGGAAACGCAGAGCCAGGUGCAUUGAACGGUUGACGCGCGCGCUCGAGCCGCUUCGUAUGGGCCAAGCACCGAUAUCGGAAUCCGACUUGGCGCGGUUGGACGCUGAUUGGGUGCGGUGGAGAGCCGAGUGGGUGAAAAGGAAACGAGUGUUCAAGAUGAUGUGGGAUCUUCGAGCGGAUACGUUGUCGAGCUCAGAGGCUGCCGAGCUGUUGGAAGACUUGGGUGUUGAGCAGGAUACCUCCGAGCACGUCGAGUUGGAAAAGAGCGAACUUUGUGUCAAAGCUAAAGGAAGAAAGUGA